GGAGAGGACGGCACGAGGGGCGGUGUGGAGUCGGGACGCACGGCACCAUUGCAGACGGGCGCUACAGGUGUGCAGUGAGUGACAGUGUGCCGUUUGAAGUGAGGCUUCAAUCUCUGUCACGAGAAGUGACUGCGACAUUUAUAAGUAGGGAUAUAAAAAAACUAACAGUUCCUCAGACGGAAUCGAACUGAAAAAAGCAUAACAGCCUCGAGCCAUUGGAACACUGAAUCUGGAUCUUGAAAUGAAGAUAAGAAGCACACGGGUACUUUGAAGAUGUUUUGCCGGUCUCGGCCGGCGGCGGCGCUGCUGCUGCCGCUGCUGCUGUCGGUCGCCUAUGCCGAUGACCCGGUGGUGACCCAGCUCGACCUGAGCGCUGAGGUCAGCCGACUGACCCACCUCCGGCUCAGCCCCGACUCGGGCCAGGUGUACGUGGCCGGCGUCAACCGGAUCUACCAGCUGUCCUCGACGCUGGCCCGGCUGCAGGAGGUGGUCACCGGGCCGCGCCAGGACAACCCGCUCUCAUGCCCCGCCUCCGGCUGUCCCGCCGACGUGGCCACCGAGCCCACAGACAAUGUCAACAAGGUGCUGGUGGUCGACCAGGAGUCGCGGACACUGCUGGCGUGCGGCUCGGUGCUGCAGGGCGCCUGCACCAAGUUCGACCUCAACAACAUCUCCCUGCCCAGCCAGGACCUGCCCGAGGCCAUCGCCGCCAACGACGCCAACUCGUCGACAGUGGCGUUCAUCGGGCCGGAGCACUACCACGCGUGGGGAGCCUCCAACGUUCUGUAUGUGGCCACCACCUUCACCUUAGUGGGCAUCUACCGCAACACUGUGCCGGCGAUAUCCACACGGCGACUUGACAAUCUGGACUUUGUCGAGCGCUCGGUCAACAAGCACUCGAUGCUGACAGUGGAUGUCAAGUACCGGGACCACUUUCUGGUAGAAUACGUGUACGGCUUCCAUGAGAAAGAGUACGCCUACUUUCUAACGGUGCAGCGGCUUUCCCAUCUGCCUGGCCAGCAGGAGCGGGGCUACAUCUCUCGGAUCGUGCGCACGUGCGUCACCGACGCCAACUACGACAGCUACGUGGAGAUGACGCUGAGCUGCGGCGGCGACAACCUGCUGCAGGCGGCCAGGGUGGCUGAGCCGGGCGACGACCUCUCGCAGGACGCCGGCAUCCUCGAGGGCGACAGAGUGCUCGUCGCUGCCUUCUCACCCAGCCACGGCUACUCCAACGAGCCGCAGGACCGCGCCAGCAUCUGUGUCUUCUCCAUGAAACAGGUGGAGGACAUGUUCAGCGAGAACAUCCACAUGUGCUUCAACGGUUCGAUGCAGUACCGGAACAUGGAGUACAUAUCGGGACCCAUCCUCAACGGACACUGCCCGAAGGCCGGGACGACUGGAAAAAUUCGCCAUUUCUGCUCGGAGGGUCUGAAGAUCUCUGCGGUGCACCCUCUGACGGCCGAGCCGGUGCUGUCCUGGGACCAGCGGGUCACCAGCGUGGCCGUCACCUCCACGGGUCGACACACGGUGGCGCUGCUGGGCACGCAGCAGGGCACACUGAAAAAGGUGCUGGUGUCGUCCAUGCGCUCAGCCCGACAGUACGCCGAGCUACCCGUCGACCCCGGGUCACCGGUCCUGGCCGACAUGCAGGUGGACCUGCCCGGAGAGCACGUCUACGUUCCCACAACACAAAAGGUUACGCUGCUGAGACUCCAGACGUGCGAGCAGUACACCAACUGCACCGAGUGUCUUCAGACCAAAGACCCUUACUGCGGCUGGUGCUCGCUCGAGAAAAGGUGCACGGUGCGUUCCGAGUGCGGAAAGGCCGACUCGAGCUCGCCGCGGUGGCUCUCCAUUGACGCCGGCCAGCAGUGUAUUGACAUGGAGAGGAUCGAGCCGCAGCACAUCGCCAUCGACCAACAGGCCCAGAUUCAUCUGUCGAUCCGCGCGCUGCCGCCGCUGCCGUCGGGCGCCAAGUACCAGUGCGUGUUCGGCUCAGCGCCGCCCGUCGACGCCACGGCCACCGUUCGCGGCCUGCGCUGUCCGGCGCCGCCGCUCAGCCUCCGACCCCUGCUGGCGCCCUCGGCCGAUCACGUGACCGUGCCGCUCUCCGUGCGCUCCUCCGAGACCAAGAAGGACUUUGUGACGCGCCAGUUCGUCUACUUUGACUGCGGCCGGCACACAACCUGCGGUUCGUGUGUGACGUCACAGUGGCAGUGCAGCUGGUGCGUGUACGACAACAAGUGCGGUAACGAGAACAGCAUCUGUCACAGAGGCUCCAUUUCCAGAAUGGUCGGUAAGGUGCUCUCUCCGUCCGAGCUGGGCUGUCCGGCGGUGGUGCCGCCCCGACAGCCGAUCCUGGUCGCUGACGAGGUCGCCCACAGUCUCGUGCUGGAGGUGACCAACCUGCCGUCGCCGUUGGCCGGACAGUCCAGCUACACGUGCGUCAUCGUCAUCGAGGGCCGGACCGUGAUGGUGCCCGGUAGACUCGACGCCGGGCGGCUCAUUGUGUGCGACAAGAACAAGUUCUCGUACCGCGCCAACCAAUCAUCAAUCAGCGCCACGGUCAGCGUCAAACGGAACGACAACCUCAUCGGCUCUGUGGACUUCACGCUGUACAAGUGCGCCCUGCUGGCCACCCACCAGGGGUCGGAGGACUGCUCCCUAUGUCUCACCAGGGACCCCAGAUACAGGUGCCAGUGGUGCGGCGGACAGUGCCGAUUCAGCGAGCAGUGCCUUCAGAAGCCGGUCACCGAGUGUCCCCGGCCGCAGAUUUAUCAGAUAUAUCCCCGUUCGGGUCCUCUGGAGGGCGGCACCCUGCUCACCAUCGAGGGCAGAAACCUGGGACUGCACCGAAACGAGGUGACCGGACGCAUCUUCGUCGGCCGGGUGCCCUGUGGCCUUGUCGACUACGAGGUCUCGGUCAAGGUCAUGUGCCGCACCGGCGCCGUCACCCAGCCCGCAGAAGAAACGGUCAAACUGGGAAACAACGCCGGAUUCGCAGAUUCGGCAGUCACAUUCCGUUAUCAGCGUUUCGACGUAUCGGACAUUUUUCCUCGGCUCGGCCCUCGUAGUGGUGGAACACAGCUGACUUUGACCGGGUCAAAUCUGGACAUCGGGUCAAACCUGACCGUCACGCUGGGCGGCCGGCCGUGCCGUGUGGCGUCACGUGACACAGCGACCGUCACGUGCGUGACGUCAGCGUCACAGAAGGCCAGCAGGGGUAACCAGGUGGUCGUCACGCUGGAUGGAGCGAUCAGAAUCCUGAGCGAUCACUUCCAGUACACCCCGGACCCGGUGGUGCUGGACAUUCGUCCGCUGAAGAGCUACGUCUCUGGCGGCCGGCCGCUGACCGUCCACGGCCGUCAGUUUGACUCGAUACAGCAGCCCAGGAUCAUAGUGUUCAACGAGACCGCUCUACGACCCAUCAACGGCACGCUGUGUCAGGUGCUGUCGUCCAGUCUCAUGGAGUGUCCGUCGCCGGCGCUGCCGCCCCUCGCCAACGAGACCCCCGAGCUCUCCGCACUGUUCAGCUACCGAGCCUCGCGGGCGUUCCGAGCUCCGAGGGCUGUCGGAGCUCCUCGAGCUGCCCGAGCUCAGAGAGCUGUCCGGCGCCCCGCAGCCUCCUGGAACUCUCCGGCCGACCCACUGGGACCCAGAGAACUACGAAUCAGUUUUCUGAUGGAUGGGGUGGAGCGCGUGAGGAAUCUCCGGAAGUAUGCUCCUAAUGUCAAGGCGACCAUCACUUAUGUGGACGAUCCGCAGUACUUUCAGUUUGCUGACGGGGUCAAGGUUUUCGGAGGGAAUACACUGGUUAUUGAGGGUGUGAACCUGAACGGCGCCAGUGACGAGCGUGACACGGCCGUGACGGUGGGCGGCGUGCCGUGUAACGUCACCACGCUGACGGACACACAGCUGGUGUGUGUGCCGCCGCGCAGACAGUCGGACGGCAUGCUGCUCUCGGAGCAGACCGGCCUGCCGCGGGUGCAGGUCACCGUCGGAAACCUCCGCUUCCCGCUCGGAAACUUGCAGUACGAUGAUGUCCGCAAAGCUAGGCUGAGCGGCGAGGUGAUAGCGGGGAUCGCGGCCGGCGCCGUGGUGCUCGUGCUGGCCUCCCUGCUCAUCCUGCUCGUCUACCGGCGCAAGUCCACUCAGGUCGAGCGAGAGUACAAGCGCAUCCAGAUCCAGAUGGACACGCUCGAGAACAACAUCCGCUCCGAGUGCAAGCAGGCGUUCGCGGCCAUGUGCACGUGGGACUCGCGGCGCGGCCGGGACACACUGGCGGCGGCCAGUCCCGACCUGCCGGCCCAGCUGAGCAGCCUGGCCGCCACCUUCAACCCCGACGAGGUCGAUUGUCUCGAGCAGCGAGAGUUCCUCGCCAAGAUUUUGUUUCCUGGCAUCGCGGAGCACCCGAUCCUGAGCCGGCAGCGUCCGUCGUCUCCGACCAGCCCUCGCACCUCGCUGGACGUGGCCAUGCUACAGCUGGAGCAGCUCGUCAGGAACCAGCACUUCCUCGUCACCGUCAUCGACACCAUGGAGCGACAAAAGGACUUCUCCGUCCGGGACCGGGUGACGGUGGCGUCGCUGCUGACGGUGAUCCUGAUGACCAACAUGGAGUACCUGACCACCGUGCUCCACCAGCUGCUGGUCCGACACAUUUCCCGCAUAGCCAGGUCCCGGCACCCGCACCUGAUGCUCAGACGAACAGAGACCGUUAUGGAGAAGCUGCUCACCAACUGGAUCUCCGUCUGCCUUCAUAGCCACAUCCGGGAGCAUCUGUCGUCCCGGCUGUGCCUGCUCACCAAGGCCAUCAAACACCAGAUCUCGUGCGGUCCCGUGGACGCCGUCACCCUGGAGGCUCACUACAGCCUGGCAGAGGAGCGGCUGCUCCGACCCCAGAUCGAACACAACAGCGUGACGUUACUGGUGACGACUGAAGAAACUCCGUACGAGAAGAUCCCAUGUAACGACUACCAGAGCCAGCCUCGCCACUACGAGGACGUCAUUGACAAGGUGAAGGUGCACGCGCUCGACUGCGACUCCAUCAGCCAGGUGAAGCAGAAGGUGAUCGACGCGGUGUUCUGCGGCCUGCCCGCCUCGCAGCGGCCCAGCCACCACUGCGUCGCACUAGUGUGGCUGACGGCGGACGGUCAGCGGACGCCGCUGGCGGACGAGGACUCCACCAGCAGGACCGUGGACGGCUGGCGGCAGAUCAACACCCUCUCCCACUACGGCAUCAACAAGAUCGCCACCAUGUUCCUCGUGCAGGCGCCCGAGACACCACGAAUAAAGAAAACUGUUACUAACUCUGCAAGCAGUUUCUCACUUCCGUCGGCGCUCUCUCCUCUGAUGAGCUCCAACAUUUACGUGAAGCCGGGCGCCGAGAUCCGUGUGUACCACCUGGUGCGUCCCGAGGGUCCGGCAGGCGGAGGCGGCGGCUCCGGUGGUCAGGAGACGGCCGCCAGAGCCGUCCCCGAGGUGUUCCUCACCCGGCUACUCGCCACCAAAGCGAUGCUGCAGGGUGUGAUAGACGACACAAUGUCGUCUCUGUUCCAAGCCGACGAGGAGCCGCCGCCGGUGGUCAAGUGGCUGUUUGACGUGCUCGAUGAGGAGGCCGAGCGUCAGGGGAUGGACCAGCCGGACAUCCUGCACGCCUGGAAGGCCAACUGUUUGCCGCUUCGGAUGUGGGCGAACCUGAUCCGCCGGCCGGAGCUGAUAUUUGACCUGGACAAGUCGCCCGCCGUCGAGUCCAGUCUCACUGUGAUAUCUCAGAGCCUUGUGGAGGCGUGUCUGCCCACGCCGCACACAAUCUCCAAAAACUCUCCGUCGCACAAGCUGGUGUUUGCCAAGGACAUUGGUCGGUGGCAGUGUAUGGUGGGCGACUAUUUCGAGUCUGUGCGGAGCCGGCCGCCGGUCAGUGACCAGGACCUGGCCGUGCUGCUGCAGCAGCUGUCGCGCCACCACGCCGGCCAGUUUGACGCCAUCGCCGCGCUCAAGGAGCUCUACAUCUACAUCACCAAGUACGGCGAGCCGAUCGCGCAGGCGCUCGACAGCGAGCCCGUGAGUCGGCAGAUGAUGUUCUCUGGGAGGCUAGAGGGAAUCGCCGCCAGUCUGGGAACCCCGCUCUCCUGAGGAUAGACUUUCCCUGUGUACAGAUUGGUGCGGUGUGUAUGAGAUCAUCAGUGACAUUGUCUUCAUCAACACGAUCGAGUGGGUUUCAUAACAACGUAUGGUAUGCUUCGCAAUACUGGAAGAGAUUUCGAGAAGCACGUGGUCUGUAAGAAUGACUGAAAUCAUUUUAUAGUGUAUGUGUGUGCCUUUCAACGCUACGUCUUAGCGAGUCGACUCAAUGGAGCGCUUUUGUUCAGCAGCCUCCAGUGGUUCCGUCUUGUUACGCCACUCCUGCUGACAGUUACUGAUUAAAAUUUGACUUUCGCCUGCCUGUGACGGUAACAUUUGCGUGUGUUGAGAGAUGGCUGUUUUACCGACCAUUUAUCGAAUUAUUUUGUUCUUACAGUUCUAUCUUGGCCGUCACGUCCACAAUUGCUGGCUACAAUAAGGCCAAUAGCACAAUGCUGACCGGAUUAUUAGUUAUGGUGACGAGCUAUCGGACUGUUUGCUUACUUAUAAAACCGUCCAAGCAAAACAUUUCCGUGCAUUUGUUGUGUUGCAUAUCUUUUUUGAUAAUAGAUGAGAACAUUGCUUCCUUACGUCAGAAAAGUGAAAAAUACUCGCAGUCGACCUUUUGAAUAUCACAUGUCGCGUUCUGCUGUGAAAAGUGUGUACGACGCUGCUGGGAGGACAAAUAAACUGACAUGCUGUG